AUGAACUACUCUACGAUGGCAGAUGGGUCAACAACCCCGCCGGAUAUGGUAAUUGGGGUCGAUUUUGGUAUGACGCAAACAGGGGUCGCAUAUUGUUCCGCUCCGUGGACCACUCCAAGGUCAUUUCAGUAUUGGUCUGCCAAUGUCAAUGAGAUCGCCAACAAGGUUCCAUCCCGCCUUGCCUAUGACCUUCGCUCUGGACAGCUUAAAUCCUGGGGUUUCGGUUGUGACCUUCAUGAUGUCAACCUAGACAUCGCCGAGCAUUUCAAACUCUACCUGGACCCUGACUACAAGGACGAUUACGCCGACUUAACCUGCGAAGAGUCCCAAAGAUGGUUUUAUGACUUUCUGAGGUCUGUCCAUGCACACGUUGCAAACCACUUUCGCUUGCGUAUCCCCGGAUGGAGUAAUAUGAGGGUCGAAUGGGUGUUUAGUGUUCCGACAACAUGGCGAAAUGCUGCCUUCAUUCAUAGUCUUGAAGCCUUGAUUCGAAGCACGGGUUUUGGAACAGACGGGCCACUGCAUUCCUGUCACAUCACUUUGACCGAGGCAGAGGCUGCUGGUAUCGCAGUGGCGAGACAACAUCUUAACAGAAACGAUAUCAUUUUGGUGUGUGAUGCUGGCGGAGGAACUACGGAUGUCAACAUACUCAAGCUUGCGUCCCAGAGAGGGAUGCCACUUGUUCUUGAGCCUCUGUCCAAGUCAGAAGGCAAACCAAUUGGUUCAGCACUUAUCGACAUCCGUAUCCAGCAGUAUAUUGAACGCUAUCUCCAGAACAUCGCUUCCAGACUGCUCCCAAAUUCUCCUGCAGAUGUCGCCGAGCAAAUGAUGAUUGGAAGAUUUGAGAGAUUCAAAUGCAGCUUUGGAGCACCAGGGACAAACAUCCCCUAUCUCUUGCUGGACGUUCCAGGUUUUGCUCCGGGCGUGGAGGAAGCAAAGGCCAAUAUCUUCAAUUCCCAAUUUCAGAUCACCUCGGAGGUUCUUAAAAAUGCGUUUGACGAGCAAGUGGAUGCACUGGUAAACUUUGUCCAUGGUCAAGUCAAGGAACUGCAUGACCGCCGACCAGGGGAGAAAGUGUCCUACAUCAUCCUUUCUGGAGGCUUGGGCUCUUCACCAUACGUUCAACAACGAUUGCGAUCCCAUUUUUCCGGCCAGACCAGCGGGCCACAAGCUUGCUUUGGAAUUAAUAUUCUUGCAGCGGAAGAGCCACAGCUAGCAGUGGUACAUGGAUUAGUGCUUGAGCGCGCCCAGCAGAUAUCCCAUACCCUCAGCCCUAUUUCCCAUCGCCAGGCUCGUGUCAGCUAUGGUAUAGUGGUCAAUCAGAGAUACAACCCCAAGUUGCACCAAGGAAUGAGCUAUGCAAAAGACUCACGAGAUGGCAAGAAUUGGGUGAUGGAUCAGAUUGAUUGGCUAAUCCGACAGGGCGACCACAUCCCGCCAAAUGGCUUUGUCAAGCGUAUGCGGGCAAAGAUCGACCCGUCUGCGCUGCAACAGCCUUGGAGGGCACGCUUUGUCAUGACGGCACACCCCCCGCCAGAUCUACCCAAAUCCUUGCAAGACCGCCGGGUUGUUUCGCUCUGUGAGGUCUAUGCUGAUGUGUCACGAACCAGGCGGAUGACGAAGAACGCACAUUGGUAUAGCAUUUCGCAGAAAUACGAACUCACCUUCCUAGAUCUGCUCAUUCUUCCGGGGUCGGCCAAUCUGAGGCUGGAAAUAUGGAACGACGGGCGGAAACUCAGCUCAGAGACAGACGCGAUGAGAGUCCAGUGGGCUAUGCAACACAUAAAUGCGAGAAAUAUGGGAGUACAACAACCCUUGUGGAACGGCUCGUCUUAUGGGCGUCAGAGCCUUUCGCCCCAGCCUCAACAGCACGCAGGCUGGGACAAUAGAGCGAGCACAAUAAUGGGCAUCCCACUACAGUUCUCGCCAAUGGCUCCGAAUGGUUUUCUAGAUGCGCGAUGAGCUUGUGGAGGGGAGCACUGACGAGCAUUUCGACACGACACUGUUGAGACAAAACGACAAAUCUUCACAUACAGGAGCCUUUUGGGA